UCGGAGAGUUCGCGAAUGAUCGUGUUCGUUGACACUCGCGCCGAAGCAAGAAUUGUAUGUAAUAAACUGGAAGAAAGAUUCUCAGAUAUGAACCCAUUGAAGUUGGUAGGCCAUGGCGGCUACGAUGGAAUGGGCUGGGAGGAUGAACAGGAAGAUGUCAUUUCCAAGUUCAACUCGGGUCAAAGUCGUCUCAUUGUCUGUACUUCUGUACUUGAGGAGGGUUUGGACGUGGAAGCAUGUGACUUAGUCAUUCGCUUUUGUGGAGUUAGAUCUCUAAUUCAGUUCGUUCAGAGCCGAGGACGGGCUCGCAAAAAAGGGUCAAGUCGGUUUGUUGUGCUUCUCAGCGAAGACGAAAAGAAAUUCAUGUUCGGAGUGAGAGACGAGGAAAAAAUCAUGGAAAGUAUCUUGAAAUCGGAAUCUGUGUACAACAAAGUUCCCACUUUGGAAGUAGAAAGAAUCAAAUCUCAUCUGGAGUCCAGAAAAGAUGUCCAAGAGAACGAAUUGGCAAUGAUAGAAAAGCUGAAAAUCCCACAGACUGAAGUUUCGGGCAUGGCGACUCUUGAACUCUAUUUGAGCGGUGUGUUGGACAACUCGACUGGAAGUCAACACGAUGACGUUCAGAACUUCAUAAACAAUGAAAUUCGAAACUGUAAUGUUUUCAAGCCAAAGAGAAUAGUUAUGGAGCAUAAAGAGCCGUCCGAAAGUUUACCCCUCUUUUUCGACAUUCAUACGACUGCUUAUGUUUAUUUGAGCAAACGCCAAAAAUACGGCAAAGUAGCUGAAAACUACAAGGACUUCUGCAGAGUUUGGAAGUUCUUCAUUCGCCUUUCGGCUGAAAACCGAACUCUGAACGUCUUCUCGCGUCUUCUUUUAGAAAACAAGCAGCUCGAAAACUUCCCGAAUAAGGCUGAAUAUCAUGUUAAAGUUUCCCAAAUCAAUUUUGGGCAUUUCCUCAAUGGAUAUCAGUUCUUAAUCGUAUGUGGUGCAAGUUUCAGCGGAGAUCUGUCAUUAGACUCGAGUUAUAUUCCUGAUCUAAUUUUGAAUCUAGCAGAUCAAAUGGAAACGUGCCGAAUUAAACCUGAGGUGUAUGGACGCUUUUUGAUUAGAAACUAUUCUACAGACAACACAGUUCAGUUUUUUAUGUUCACAAACUCUGUCCCACAAACAUUUUCGGUAGUUACUGAAGUCUAUUGUCGAACAGCUACCACAUAUUUUCUGCAGAAUGUGGCGGAAAAUCCGGUGUUGCGUUUCACAAUGGACAAAAAUGAAGCCGAUAAGUUCGCAAAAUUGUGUUCGAAAUACAAAAAUUUUAUUAUUCCGAUUUUCGACUCUCAUAUCGAAACAGUGGUAAAAGAUACACUAAUGCCCGAUAACACUGCUCACAAUAUGCCAAUGGAAAACGAAGAGUUUGACAUGUGGUGGAAUUUUUUGGUUCUUCGAUCUGCAAGAAAACACUGGCUAAGUCCUUCUGCUAUCGAGGAUUUGAACGCAGAAGUCAAUAUAGUGAUAGAUCUGAGCUUUGAAGCGAAGAGUCUCAUUUUAAAACUCAUAUGUGGCAAAGUUCUCCAAUCCCAAACUCCUGUGGACAUCUUGACCAAAUGGGAGUAUUACAUGUCAAUACCUGCAGAUGUGUUGCAGUUAAGUGAGUCUCGAAAUCCGGUUCCAGGAGAUUGCACGUUGGUAAAGAGGGUCGUUCUGACCCCGAAUCGAGUAAUUUACAGACUACCUUUUGUAUCUGCUAAUAACCGAUUGCUGAGACUUUGGAAACGAAAGUGGCCGGAAAUUGAUAUAAUAUCGGUAGUUUUUGCAGACGAACAGAUGCAAAGCUUAACCGAUGCAUGUACGUUCAAGUUUGUCCAACAAACGAUGAAAUCUGGACUUGUAAUAAAAGGUCGUCAAUAUGAUUAUCUUUGUGCAAGCGGAAGUCAACUCAGAUCCCAGAGAGCAUAUUUUGUGUAUCCUUCAAAAGCUGUGUCAAUGGUAAGAAAUUAUAUAAUUUCGAAUGGAGAAGACCUCAACAUUGCAAAGUAUACCGCAAGAUUGGGAUUGUUUUGCAGCGCCGACAAAGAGAUUCGAACAGUGCGCGACUCCGAGUUCCAAGUCAUUCCGGAUAUCAAAACUUUGUCAGGGACGGUUGUGACGGAUGGUUCCGGGUUCAUCAGCAAAGAACUAGCCCAGGAAAUUUCAAAGAGUCAUCUGGACUUCGACACAGACCACGUUCCGGCUGCAUUUCAGGUUCGAUUUGCGGGCAUGAAAGGAGUACUCGCGGUUGAUUUUGCAGAAAAAUGCAAUGAGUUCAAAAUUGGAAGUUAUUUGAAAGUAUUGUUUCGUGACUCUAUGAACAAAUUCGAAACACCAGAUCGAAUGCUAACUGUUGGAAGUUAUUCGAAGUUCCUGCCUUUCAGUCUGAAUAGAGAGUUCAUCACAUUGAUGGAUGCUUUGAAACCGGUCGCAGAUUACAAGUUUCGUGCUUUUCUCCUGAGAUGUCAAACUAAAGCUUUGGAAUCUUUUACAGAACGGUUCAAAAGUACUAUUGCUGCUAUUGACGCCUUAAGUCAAUUCAUGAAGAAGUCCGACAUUGAAUUAGUUACGAAAUCAGGGGUGAACAUUUUAGAAGAGCCGCUUUGGAUUAGUAUGCUCAGAGCUACGUAUAAAAUCCACACUCGUCUCGUCAAGACGAAGACCAGAAUCGAGCUGGAGAAUGCAGCGCUGUUAAUCGGAAUACCGGACCCUCUCGGAGUUCUGAGAGACAACGAGGUGUUCGUAUGCCUGAGUGCAGACCGUGGUACCCAGAAACAGGGAGUUAUCUUUGGGGAUGUCUUGAUAUUUCGGAACCCUGGCUUGCACCCCGGAGACAUCCGGAAGGUUUCUGCCGUGAACAAACCGGAACUAAAGCAAUGGAAGGACGUAAUUGUGAUGCCAGCGGCUUUGGCUACCUUUUCUCUGUCAGCUCAAUGUAGCGGCGGAGAUCUAGACGGUGAUAAGUUUCCGGUUAUUUGGGAGCCGGAAUUAGUUUCACUUAUCAGAAGCAGCCACGAGCCAUUGGAUUAUGACAAUCUGCAAGUCAAUAAUCCGCAGCCAAGCGCUAGCAUUGAAGCUGAAGACGAUGAUUCUGACGAUGAUGAUUAUGAUGAUAUUUAUAGCUAUGAUUAUUACAGUGACGACGAUUGCUAUGAUGAUGAUAAUAUACCUCAAAAAUCGACUAAGGAAAUGGCAAAAUUCUUCAAACGUGUUCUCUCCAACGACGCUUUAGGUCGUGUAGCUAACAUGCACUUGGCUUUGUGUGACCUGAAACCGAAAGGAGCGUGCGAUAAAUUAGCUAUCGAGUUGGCCAAAUCUCAAUCGCUAGCUGUGGAUUUCCCAAAAACUGGAAUUCUGCCUUUAGUUCCAAGAGAGGCCAGAGAAUCAGUUACCGAGUUCCCUGACUUCAUGGGAAAGGCUUUGAACGUCAGUUAUGCCUCCCAAAAAGUUCUCGGCGAAUUAUACCGUCGUUGCAUCGGAACUGCGUACGAUCCAAAAAUUACUGAACUAAAAUCGAAACCACCGUCUAAUCUUGAUAAUGACUUGUUAGUGGAUGGCUACCAAUUAUAUGCGGAAGAGGCGGAAUCAGUAUACAGGUCCUACAAAUUGUUUUUAAGAGAGAUCUUGGUGGCCUACAGCUUGAGAUCUGAAGCUGAGUUGAUGAUCGGCCGUGCGGUGACUUGGUCAGAAGCAAUGAAUGUCGACGGAGAUCUUAGUGCUAAGACAAUCCAGGCUGCUAAAAGUGGACUCUAUGAAAGAUUCAGAGACGUGUUUUACAGACAUAUGACGAAUGCUAAAAGUGAAGACGUCAAACGGAAAGCAUCUGCAUGGUACUAUGUAGCAUACAGCGAUUCAAAAUCGAAGCCCUGUUUAAGUUUCCCCUGGCUAGUUCUAAGAGAUGUCUUGAGCUCAAUCAAGAAGGAAGCAAAUGAAAUAAAUCCAGUAAGCUCAAGUGCUGGAACUAAGGUAGACACCAAGUAUGGAGAAAGUGCCCAAAAGCUGUUCAUGCAGUUCAAGGAUAACCUUCUUGAUGAUCAAAAAGAAAAGUUAUCGGUGGUCAAACUGAUUGAAAAGUGUCUUCGAGAAUCGAAAGUCGACGAUAGAUUCCAGGUGUCUCCGUACGGGUCAGUGCCCUUAUGUGUACAUGCGAAUGAUUCUGACGUAGAUAUAUGUUUAACAAGAGCGUCUAGUCAAAUGAAACUGAAGUCUGAUGAAGACAAGUUUAGUCAGUGUUCUAUGUUGGAGCGCGUUUUGCCAUUUCUACAAAGCAUCGAGCUAGAACGAUGCGAAUAUGUAAAUUCAGCUAAGACUCCUAUUAUAAAAUUGUCAAUCCGAACCGCCGAUUCAGUCACUGAUUGUGACAUAAGUGCUGAUGACGCUGGCUUCCGAAAAACGAGUCUGAUCCAAAACAUAUUUUCUAAGGAUGCCGGCUUCUUUUUGGCAUUUUGGCUCCUUGUCAGGUGGGCGCGUGCUUCUCAAAUCAUUAAACAAACAGCAAAUGAUGACAAUAAUUUCAUGGCAUCCGCUGAAUUCUAUUUGCUGAUUCUAAUGCAUAGCUUUCAGAAUUAUCCUGAAGAACUUGAAAACAGUUUUCAAAUCUCUGAAGUAGUAGAGAAGAUAAAUUCAAAUACAAAAGAAGUUUUGAAUAGUGCGCACAAGUUCAUUUUUGAAUUUCUGGAUAAAAUUGGUGAAAAAUCAGAAGAGUUCAAGCUCCAAUGGCCAAUUAAUGGGAGUUACUGGGUUGAAUACUCCGAGGAACAGGUCAAGCUCCUAGCUCAAAAAGCGCUCGCAGCGAAGCAUUGCCUGGCUGUUACUGGAGAUGCUAAUGUUUUAAUCCAGUCAUCGUUGGCAAAAAAUAAUUCUACUGAAUGUCUAUUCAAGAAAAGACUUCCGCGACUCCUGGCUGUGAAAAUUGCGGAUACCCUCGAUUUCCAUGCUCUGACAAUGUCAGCUAGAACUGGAGCUAACGUCCGAUUUGUCGAGGACUCGAGGCAUGUCAUCUUUGUUGAAGCAUCUGGAAACGCCAUAGCUUUGCAAAGGUUCCAAGAUGACUUCUUGAGACUUAAAAGAUCUCAGGCUUUGCAUGGCUUUAUACCAUUUAAAGUGGAUAGAUACUUUAUUGAGGGUUCGACGUUGCUCCUGGUUCAACAGGCACCAGCGCAUACUAGUCGGGUGUCUUUCAAGCCGAGUUGUGGACCCUACCAAAUGUACCAUGAAGUCCAUGAAAGGAGCCUCCCUAUUUUGAGCAGCAACAGGAUUCCUCUUCAUGAAUGGAAGAAAAACGCUAUCGAGGCUCUGGCUCAGCACUGUUGUCAACAACUUAAAGCUUUUCCUUACGACAACCCGGAAGCUUUAGAAACCCUAGAAAUUGGGCUAGGCUUCGGAUGUUUUUACACUGUAAACACAAGCUUUGUGUUGCCUCCCACGCAACAGACAUUGGCUCUUGACGAACUGAAAGCGAGCAUAGAAAAGGCGAGACGCAACCGCAAGAAAAUUGAUCGCAUAGACUUUAAACGACACUGGCAGCCAAAAAAGGAUUGUCUGCCAAUUUCUUCAAAAAGUGACCAAAAACGAUUCGAAAUGACAACAUUAGGACCCUCUAAUACUCGAUUGAUGGGUAUUGGAAGCGAGAUGAAAUUCGAUGAGAGGGCAGAAAAACGAAAGCAACAAAAGAGGUUGUACAAGAAAGGACUCGCGAACUCAUUUGGCACAGGAAUGUUUGUGAACAACUUCGCGGAUGCAAGAAACGUGCAGCAGGCAUUCGAGAUAUACCAGACGACUCUGAGCAAUACUGGGUAUACUCCACUGGAAAGGAAGAAGCAUUAUGCGAAGAUUACCAUAGUUCCGUCGACAUCUUAUACGGCUAAUAUCACUCUUAGCGAGAAUCUUGAGGUGUUGGUAGUUGAAGAGAGAAUGUUGAAUUGGGUGCACGUGACUAUCUUAGACGGCAACAAUGAGAAUCUGAAGCCGGGUCAGCAGUUUAUUCGCAACCACGAUUUAAGACUGAGAGUACAAAGUACGAAGAGGAUCAAAAGAGGCACGGAAUUGUUCGAUUAUCUAUUUCCGACCGGAGAACUCAUUUCGCCGGUGAUUGUUACGAGGAAGGAUCCAAAUUCAGUGCAAGUGGCCGAUCACUUCAAACAGGAGCGAAUAGACGAACGAAUAUCCCAUGUGAGAGUGAUCGACAAACACUUUUAUAUGAAGAAAGACAUUUCGGCUAAUAAAAACAGCGUCGUCAAGACUAUAAUUGGAGAGGUAUCUUGCGGAAUAGAACACGGAGGAAAUAAUUUCGAAAUGAAAAGGAAAUUUUGUGAAUUAUACCUUCAAUUUGACGUGGAUUAUUUAAAGGGAAUAAUGAAAAAUGAAAAGAGAAGAUUGAAUAAAACAGAGAUUUAUCGUCUCUCAGAUAUUCUCAUUCAGGAAUCUUUGCUGGUGUCCCAAACUCUGAGAAAUCUCAUGAAGUAACUUUUUUAAAAUUUUUAAUCUAUUCCGAAACACUAUUUCGACCUUCAACAGAAAUAGUUUUUUUGGCACUAAAUUUUUUGAUGUCUCGGUUUUCGAGGAAUUGCGUCAAUUUCAUACGAUGUUCUUUCUAAGUUUGAGUGAUGUAUAAAUUAAUUUCCAUAAACUUGUAUUAGAUUCUGACCCUAAAUCCUAUUUCGAUUUGUAGCUAAUAUAUUUACAUCACUGAUGUGAAAAAUAGUUUAAUUUAAUCUGAAAUAACGUUUGACGAAAAAGUUUGGAUCCAAGGACCUUAUAUUUUCAAAAUGUUUUUGGCUCAAAACACCAAUUUUUCAAAAGCUACGGAACUCGGAUUAAACUACUCGAGAAGAAAACAACUCGAAACAAAAGAAAACUCACAGUAAAAGCAACUCGAAAUAAAAGACAAUUGCCAAACAAGGAUAGCCGGCUACUGUGCAAGUAGCACAGAAUGUUCCGACCAUAGUCUUUGAAAAUCUACAAAAAAUGUUCCUGCCAUAGUCUUUGAAAAUCUACAAAAAAUAAAAAUAUAUAUUUUUAAAUUGGUGUAGUUUUUGCUGCGUGCUGUGAGAAAAAACAUUUGACAUAAAACUAUAAUUCAGGAACAUUCGAAUGUCGUAGUUAUGUAGGCAAAUAGGAGAAAAAUGACUAGAAAACGAAAAUUUUUGGAAAAAUUCGAAAUUGUUUUGGGAGAAAUUUUUCAAGAUUUUGGUUCAGAAAAUGGAGCUUCAAAAACUAGUUUUACUUGCUUAAAACUCUGACUUUAGCACCUAACUUAGGCAAAAUUAAGCUGCUGUAAGCCUGCUCGCUUGCUUUAUUCGCUCGAAUUAAGACGAAAAAUCAAAAAUUUCAAACCGGUUUUCUUGACACUGGGUUUAUUUUUUAAUGUCGCUCGAAUGACGACUGAAAGCGCUUAAAUAUGCUAUAUCACUCAACUCUCUCCGAUGGUUAUUUGUGGCUGCUGGUUUUGUGUGGAAAACAAAAAACUGAAACGCCCUAAUACAAAGUACCUCAACAAGGAUAGCAGGUUGCUGCACAGGAAGCACAGAAUGUUCCGACGAGAAAGUUUUUCUUCAAAUUAGUAUUAUUUUUUGUGUGCGGUGAGAUGAGAACUAUACGAACCCAUAUAACAAGGAGAUAUUCGAUGAAUUUUCCAUCCACGAAUCGGAAGCCGAAGUGGAUUUCUCUCUCAAUGUCGAAGUACUAAUUGAGUGUCUUAACAUCUACUCCAACAACUCUUCUUCUAUCUCCAGGUUCACAAGUGCCAAUCAAUCAGUUACAGGAAAUCAAUCGCAGCUGGGGGUUGGAUUGCAUCAAACAACUCUAUCGAACUUCAUAAUCGGCAACAGUGUAGUGAUGUACUAUCGCAACUGUGGAGAUCCUCUAACUUUGAUCAUAGAAGAAAGUUCGGGACUGUGUGGACCAGGCGCAGUCAUCACUGACUGUCACAUCCGGACUUUGGACACGGACGAUGGACCUCUGGAUCUGCACUUUCCCGCUGAGGACGUAGUCAACAAAGUGAUCAUGAAUCCACAGGUGCUGUUUGAUCGAGUGAGUGAACUGGAUAUGAGUAGCGACUUUGUGCAGGUUGAAUUGUCACCACUCGAUCCAUACUUUUCACUUUCCACUAAAGGUAAUUUGGUGAAGGUGACGGAUAAAGUUGACCAGGACAGCACUCAAAUACUGUCAUUCGAAGUGAAGAAAUACCAGCGCCUCUCAUACAGGACAAACAUCUUCAAACUCAUCCACAAAACUCUCCAAUGCUGUAGCAAAGUGAGCAUUCGCACCAAUGAAGAUGGAUUUAUUUGUCUGCAGUUCAUGGUUAGAUUUGACAACUGUCCCAAGAUAUGUUUCGUUGAAUUCUUUUUCGCUCCUGCUGAACAAAUUGAAAUUGACUUGUAAUUUGUUUGAAUAAUUGUUUUGAUUUUUUAUUCAAUUGAGUUUUAUUUUGA